UUCUAAGGAGUAUAAGACCCUCCCACUCCUCCCACUCCGGCUUGUCUCCUCUUCAUCACAGCAUCGCGAGCAUCAAACCCCAGUGUAGUUACUGGCACGCGUCCGCGCCUUCGAAGAUAUAGACACAGCUCUCCUUUCACUUGACCAACGAUUCUUUCGAGACCCACAGCAUUACCAACGCUCGAUUUGAACAGUCACCACCAUGGGUCUGAUUCUCCGGCGCGCUAACGAGGCACUCGACAUCAACCCUCUUCCUCGUGUUGAGGAGGAACUCAGUGUCAAUGGUUCAAACUGGCUGUGGGCCUGUGUUGCGAUCUACUCGUUCUUCUUCCUCGACGCCUUCGCCCUCUCACACAAGCCCAAAGGCAAUGAAAAGAUAUUCCACUAUCUCCUCAACAUCGCUCUGCUCGUCGGGGCCAUCACUUACUUCGCCAAUGCUUCCAAUCUCGGCUGGUCUGUUAUUCCCCAGGACAGAGAUACCUCGCGACAGAUCUUCUUCAACAAGUACAUCAACUGGGUCGUGGUCUUUCCUAUUGUAUGCAUCCUCCUCGGCCUCGUCGCCAACUCGUCAUGGGCCACAAUUGCCUGGCACGUCUUCCUUUCCUGGGUUUGGGUCAUUAGCUACCUGGUCUCCGCCUUCACCCCCACCGUCUACAAGUGGGGGUUCUUCGUCUUCGGCACCGUCGCCUAUCUUGUCAUGGCCGCUUCGAUAUUCGGCGAAGGGAGGAUUGGGGCCAAGCGCGUCGGGACCCAAGGAGACUACUGGAUCCUUGCCGGCUACUUCAACCUGCUGUGGCUUCUCUACCCCAUUGCGUUUGGCGUUUCUGAGGGUGGCAACACCAUCGGCGUCACACCUCACUUCAUAUUCUUCGGUAUCCUGGAUGUUUUGAUGAUCCCCUUCGGUGCUGUCAUCUUCAUGACGCUCUCCAGAAAGUGGGACUAUAACGCUUUGAAUCUUUACUUCACUCAGUACGGCCGGGUUCCUCAGGGCGGACAUUUCCCUGAGAAGUCGGCAGCUGCCCCUGCCCCGACGGCGAAUCCUUCUGGAAACCAGCAAGUCUAAUCAUCAUCCUAGGACGAAGCACCGUAAUUUUAGCACGUUUUGAAAGAUUCUCCUCAAGGUAACGGGUUCAACUCUUUCAUGAUACCCGCAAGCUACCGCAUAUCAAGAAAUAUGCCCACUAGUUUCGGCAUGGGCUCUGGAAAAGUGACUGUCGUCGCGUUGUGGUGUGUAGACCGGACGGAGUAUGGAGCGGAAAUACCCUUGUUGUUGUUGUUUUGUUCGAUAUUCCCUAAUGCUUGCGAACGAUAUCUGCUUGAUGGGCAAUAGGACCCGGUAAUAUGUAAUUGGAAGGGCGAUUUGAGGAUGGCCUACCUAUCCGUUGUGAUAAUUGAUGUUUCUGGAAACCAGUGCCCCCUACAAUUCAACACAUCAAUGGCCGAUGCUAAGCAGUUCAUGGACACC